CUUCAUUCCUUCCAACUGGUGGUGUGGUCCGAGUCUCCUUUUAAGCGCACACGCCACUUCACGAUUCGUGUCCGUUCUCUGCAACAACACGCCUGCUUCAAACUUCCAGUUCCAGUUCCAUUUCCAGACCUAAAUUCAAUUCUUCACUCUUCCACCAACACUCCGCUCGCUCCUACUUUUCUCCGUAUUCUAUUCGAUUCUCUCCAAAAUCUGCUGUUUCUGCCCAAUUGAUCAUGGGAGACAACGGCCACUUGCAUGCUAUGGAGGACGAUGAAGCUGCCACCGCCGAACAAAGCCGGGCUGUACGUAUUUACCCUCUCGGCAACUACUACUUUGGAUCCAAAGAGCCUCUUCUUUUCAAGAACGAGACCUUGGCCGAUCGCCUCCACAGGAUGAAAUCCAACUAUGCUGCUAACGGAUUGAGGACUUGCGUCGAAGCAGUUUUGCUGGUUGAACUAUUCAAGCAUCCUCACUUGUUGCUAUUGCAAAUACGAAAUUCAAUUUUCAAGCUCCCUGGCGGUCGCCUAAGGCCCAAUGAAUCAGAUAUUGAUGGCCUGAAGCGAAAGUUGUCAAGGAAGCUUUCUGCCAAUGGAACCUCUGAUGCAUCUGAUUGGGAGGUUGGUGAGUGUCUUGGUAUGUGGUGGAGGCCUGACUUUGAAACCUUGCUCUAUCCAUAUUUGUCCAGUAAUGUAAAAGGGGCCAAGGAAUGCACUAAACUUUUCCUAGUCAAGUUGCCAGAGAGUCGAAAAUUCAUCGUCCCAAAGAACCUCAAGUUGAUCGCAGUUCCUUUAUGCCAACUUCACGAAAAUCAGAAGACAUAUGGACCAGUUAUAUCGGGUGUUCCGCAGCUACUUUCUAAGUUCUCCUUCAACAUCAUUGAAGCUUAGAAUCAUCCUAUUAAUUAUAAAAGAUGAAGAGCUAUGGUCGGUGUGAGCAGAUCAGCGAAAGGAAUAUUAUAGCAUUAUAGAGCUGUCAGCUAACUUGGUAUGAAUGUUGACAGACCCCUGUAUAAAACAUGCAUAGGAAUUGAUGGUGAUGAUUUUGUAAGUAUAAGGAUAUAUACUUAUUUAGCCAUAUAGGUCUACAUGGUUACUUUAUAACAUAAGCUUUGAAUGAAUGAUACUACUACAUGAUUGUGUAAAUUGCCGCAAAUUCUCUCGACUUUCUUAUGCUAAAUUGCCAAUGAUCUGAACUUCGGCCAUAUGCUACGGGCCAAUCUAUUUCAUUCUCCCAUUACCAUUAGUUGAGGAAAUUGUGUAUAUAUGGUAGUGAAGGUUCCUGUUUAUGCGUUAUGAUGUGUCAAAUAUAUAUGUGAAUUGUGAUUGUGAUUCUUAUCCAAA